AUGGAUGUACUGUCGGGUCACAUCCAAGGGGAGGUGCCUUGGUGCAUGCUAUUUGCCUAUGAUAUAGUAUUGAUUGACGAGAUGCGUAGUGGAGUUAACACGAAGUUGGAGGUUUGGAGACAGACCUUGGAGUCUAAAAGUUUCAAACUGAGGACAGAAUACUUGGAGUGCAAAUUCAGUGACGGGACCCAUAAUACAGACGUAGAGGUUAAGCUUGAAGCUCAAGUUAUCCCCAAGAGAGCGAGUUUUAAGUAUCUCGGGUCUAUUAUUCAGAGUAACAGGGAGAUUGACGAAGAUGUCGCAUAUCGCAUCGGAGUGGGAUAG